UACAAAAUGCCGUGUCGUUGUCAGUACUACGUAGAACUUUCUGGAUUCACCUCUUGGAGGAAGCAUCUGGACUUGAUUCCCCCCCCGGGGGCGCCCACAUGUUCUACGCGAACGAGAGUUAGAACUACGCAGCAAUGGCGAUGACCACGCGGAUUUCUCGGGCCUUUCCCAUAUUCUCCGACUCUUUUUCCUUCUCCAUUCUCUUCUGCAAACGUUUUCUCCGUCGUCCACCUCCAUUGCCCAGCUACACCCACGCCACAACCACAUUCUCAUUCUCCUCUUUUUCUUCUUCUUCUUCUUCUUCAUUUCUCUCGAAUAGGCUAUUCAGCUCAUCAUCUGAUGCACCCAAAAAGAUCAACACAAAGGUUAACUUCUCUCUCCCCUCCGACGACGAAACUGAAGACGAAAACGACAACAAGAAAGCUCCGAAAGACAUCGACAAGUCGAAGCUUCCACCGCCUUACGAUCCCUUCAGCAAAAAGCCCGCCGUGGAGGAGCCAGACGACCCGAAAGACCUGCAAGAGAUCUUCCACAAGAUGAGCAGCGAUGGCCUCCUCAACAAUGCGGUCAAGAUGUUCGACGGUUUGUCCAAGGACGGCCUCACCCACGCGGCCCUGGAGCUCUUCGCUCAGAUUAAGGACAAGGGCGAGAUGCCCGACGUGGUGGCCCACACUGCCGUCAUCGAAGCCUACGCCAACGCCGGGCAGACCAAGGAGGCUCUCAAGGUGUUCUUGAGAAUGCUCGCCUCCGGCGUCGCCCCGAAUACGUAUACCUAUGCUGUUUUGAUAAAAGGACUCGCUGCGAACCCCAAGUUCCUCGGCGAUGCGAAGAAGCACGUGCUUGAGAUGAUGUCGAAGGGGAUGCGUCCCAAUGCCAGUGUUUACGCGGCGGUGUUCGAGGCGUUUGCAAGGGAGCGGAAGGAGGAGGAGGCCAGGGAGUUUCUGGUGCAGAUAAGAGAGAGAGGGUUUGUGCCUGUUGAGAAGGCUGUGAGAGAGGCUAUGAAGGAUAAAAGGGGACCUGUGUUUAGAAGUGUCAUGAGCAUUCUCUUUGGGAAAUAGAGUCCUUUUCAUAUUAUUUUAUUUAAUUUGUUUUCGCAAGUGGUUUGAAUUAUCCAAAAUAUAAAGAGAUUUUUCAGGCCAUGUUAUCUUAUG